AUGGCUGUAAUGACGGUGGUGUUCUUCUGGGCUAUGAGAAGCACCGACUUCUUCUCUAACACCUUCCAUGUGAGGUCUCUGCGUGGCAGCACCGAUGAGAUGAUGUCAGCGCUGUACCUGCAAGUGAGCAUCAUCAGCCAGGCCCUCAUCUUCGUGACGCGGUCGCACAGCUGGUGCUUCACGGAGCGCCCCGGCUUCUUGCUAUGUGCAGCGUUCGUCGUCGCGCAGAUCGUUGCCACUGUCAUUGCAGUGUUCGCGAACUUUGGGUUCGCCCACAUCAGAGGGAUCGGAUGGGGUUGGGCCGGCGUCAUCUGGCUCUACAGCCUCGUCACCUUCGUCCCACUCGACCUGUUCAAGUUCGCCAUCCGCUACGUGCUGAGCGGCAGGGCCUGGAACAACCUCCUGCAGAACAAGACGGCCUUCACGACGAAGAAGAACUACGGUAGGGAGGAGCGCGAGGCGCAGUGGGCGACGAAGCAGCGCAGCCUGCACGGCCUCGAUAUCGAGGCGGGCGGUGGCGACAGGAGCUUCGAGCUGCCGGAGAUCGCGGAGCAGGCCAAGCGGCGAGCCGAGUUCGCGAGGCUGCGCGAGAAGAACACGCUGAGGGGCCACCUCGAGUCGGCGGCCAAGGUCAGGGGCAUCGACAUCAACGCCGUCAGGACGCCCUUCUACAGCAUGUGA